GUAAAGCAGAGUCUUUCUUUUUCUCUUCUCUCCUUCCUUCUCUAUUGUGAUUAUGGCUUCAUCUCAAUGGACACUUCUUGGUGAUGACAUAUUGAAUAUGAUCACAGAUAGGUUUGAUGAUAUCUAUGACUAUGCUCGAUUCGGUGCAGUGUGCAAACCUUGGCUCUCUUUCUCCUAUAGAUUUUACAAGCACAAGCACCAUCUUUUCCGCGCAAAUCAUCAACUUCCUCUGCUGGUGGUUCCUAUGGAAGGCCAUCAAGAAAUUCGUGGUUUGUACAACAUAGCCAAAGAUACUCUCUGCAAUGGAAUUCAACUCAGCCUUCCUUACAAAAGAUGCUGUGGAUCUUCUCAUGGAUGGUUGUUCUUCGUAGAUAACAAAUCGCCGCAAAUAGAAUUGGUUCUCAUUAACCCGUUUGCAAACGAAUCGGAAAAAUCCAUGAUCAAACUGCCGCCAAUUCAGUGCGAUGAUCGUAACAGCGGAGUGGUGCACAUGGACGAGUAUGGUGUCAACAAAGUCGUUCUUUCCAAAGACCCGAAUGAUUUCCCCAAUGAUUUUGAAGUGAUUGCAAUCUAUGGCGGCACUCAAACAUUGGCACAUUACAAAUCGGGUAACAAUUUCUGGAGCCAUCCAAAAUCCACCAAAAAAAUACAAACCUUUGCGGAUGUUAUCUUUUACAAGGGUAUGGCAUACGCCGUGGAUUUUCACAGCUGGAUCGUCAGAAUUUAUCGCAAAAGGUAUAAGCAAAGGCCCGGUGGUAAUAAUUCCUCUCCUUGUUAUCUCCGGUUCAAGACCAUAAAUGAAGGACUUUCGGAAUAUUUGUGGUGCGACUAUUCUGGCAAUGCUUAUCUUGUGGAAACUUCCAUGGGAGAGUUGCUACAUGUUCGAAGAGACUACCUUACCAUGGAAGAGCGAAUUCGCAAGGAUGCCGAGAUAGAAGAGGAGAUGAAAAGAGCUCGAGCAGAAUAUGAAGCUAGAACCCAAGAAGACCAUGACGAACUAAGGGAGGAGAUAAACAAGAUUAUGGAUGAACUUGAAAACCAACAAGUAGAAGAGUAUGUUGAACCUGAUGUAAGCAAGUAUCUAGAGGAGUUACCUAAAUAUGAUAAACCUCAGUUGAGUGUGAAUUUUACGGUGUUUAAACUAAAUUUUCCGUCAUCAAGGGGACAGAAGAGUAUGGAAACAUUGAAUGGUGAAAUCUUGUUCGUAGGAGACAACAAUUCUGUUUCGGUGCCAAGUUCAAGGUGUCCUACUCUUAUUCCAAAUUCAAUAUAUUAUACGGAUGAUUAUGUAGGUGAUUACUUUCAGAAUCUUGCAUUUGGUUCGUGUGACACUGGAGUGUUCAAUCUAGAGAAUAAAGAGUUUGGUAAACACUUUGUUCCAAGCUUCUCGGCAAAAGGCAUGCCACCACCAAUUUUCGUUGUGCCACGCUAUAGAUGUAGUGCUAAAAAAAUUGUUUAGGUUAUAAAUUUUAUGAUGAAAUUUGUAUAAUUUACUUGCUAGUUAGAAACCAGGGUUUUUUUAGUUGGUUAAUUUGUUUCAUCAAAUUUAAACUUCAUGAUACAAUGUCACAGUAGUUUUUUUUUUUUUUUAUAUAUUCACACACGCAACUUAAUUAGCAUGAAUGCAUAAUCUAUGAUGUU